CUAGCGCUAGAGGGCGCUAGAGAGCCUUGAGAGCACACAAUUCAAUGAAACGAAGAUGGUGGACGGUAGCGUAUGUUGUCCGUGUAGAAUUAAUAUUUCGUAAGAAAAAUAUAUUCGCAUAAGUAAAAUGGCAAAUCCUGUUCCUCUUCCGCAAAAGAAGCACUACAGACAGCGUGCGCAUUCAAAUCCUAUCGCAGAUCAUUGCAUAAAGUAUCCACGAACUCCAAAAGACAUGGAUUGGUCUACAUUGUAUCCAAAUUACUUCACGAGGGCAAAAUCUGUUGGAACCACAGCACAGACAAAAUCAGUUGAAUUUGCAGAUAUAGGGUGUGGCUAUGGUGGUUUGCUUGUUACACUGUCACCAGUAUUUCCUGAAAGCCUCAUUCUUGGAAUGGAGAUCAGAGUAAAAGUAUCUAACUAUGUAAUACACCGUAUUGCUGCUCUUAGAUCUCAGCAUCCUGGAAAAUAUGAGAACAUUGCCUGUCUGCGUACCAAUGCUAUGAAGUAUCUUCCAAAUUAUUUUAAUAAAGGACAGCUGAAAAAGAUAUUCUUCUUGUAUCCAGAUCCACAUUUCAAGAAGGCAAAGCACAAAUGGCGAAUAAUUAAUACAUCGUUAUUAGCUGAAUAUGCAUACAUACUGGCAGAGAAUGCUGUUGUUUACACUGUAACAGAUGUAAAGGACCUCCAUGACUGGAUGGUAAAACAUUUUGUAGAGCAUCCUCUAUUUGUUCGUUUAGAAAAGGAAGAACUGAGUUCAGAUCCAGUGAUAGAGAAGCUAUAUGAGAGCUCAGAGGAAGGACAGAAAGUGACUCGAAAUAAAGGGAAUAAAUUUUUGGCCGUGUUCAGAAGAGUCAUGGACCCUCAUGAAGAGAGUGAACACAAACCAUGAACAUGCUUGGCAGGUGUGUGGUAGUUGGACAGUCGGUCAGGAGGGAGGGGCUGUGUCAGUAGGUCUGAUCGGACGGUGGCCUCCUGAGGAUUCAGUCGCAUCCCCGAGAUCUCUGCAUCUGGGUGCGUCCGCUCUGGUUCCUUCCAUGGCGAGGUCUAGGUCGGCCUGGAGUGUACGAGGCUGGACGGGGCUUCUCACCCUCUGGUGCUGAAAGCUGAGGUUGGAGGGGCUCUGUCAUCUGUAUGGGGACAUAGAGGUGUCAGGUAUAAGCGAGAAGACUGGGUCUGUCCCCAGCCCGGCUCUACGGUGACUGCCUAGCCAGUCCCUUAGGCAAGAUGACUGUGUAACACGUGUAACUUCAACAAUUACAAACAUUUAACAUUUGCUUUACCUAUAAAGUGCUUGAAGCUGAACAAUGAAAGACAGAAAUCUCAUUUAUGUCUUCAGAACAGUCCUUAGACUCUUUCAAUGUCUUGUAAAGCUGUUUCAUUCAUUUACCAAUGGAAAAACCUGGCAUGACAGAAAUUAAUGGCAAUGUUUAGAAAUAUAUAAAAUAUAUACAAUACACACAAUGAGGCCAAGGCUGGAGUCAGUACACUAACCUACAGAGUGGAUCGAAACUUGCACAAAAUUAACAAAGUGAUGGGAUAAUUUAUGCCUACAGCAUAAGAAAAAUAUGUUACACACAGUCACUUGAAGCUGUGCAGCAAACUCACCUCCAAGUUGAACCACUUGCAUGCAAGGUGUAUGCAGAAGCAGGCUACUGCUGUUGGCUGGUACUGGAGACACAUGGUGGUCAGACACAGGCUGCAUCAUAAAGAAACAGCCAUCAGUACAGACAAUGUAAACUGCACAUACAGCACAAUGCACCAUCACCAAUUCAGUGACAGCAGAAAUGGUCACUGUUUCUCUGGCUCAAACAUAUUUGUACCACAUGACUAGGGAAAUGCUGUUUGACUUUCAUGAGACAAAAUGACUCUGUGAAAAAUGUGGAAUGAAUUAGAAAGCAUAAAGUGUGAUAUGUUACACAAAAGAGAACAGACGCCCUCAAUUUUAGCUCUUAGUAACUGACACAAUUCAAACCUCCAUUCAAUCCAAACACUUAUGGUAUGUGCACUAGGUGAUUUGAAUCAGUGGAAGCUGAAAAGUGGCAACACAAACAUAGUGCCUUACCUGUACGCCACCUUAGCUACAUCCUUGCUGGUUGUGGGUUUGUUCUGGCAAUUCCAAGCAUAAGGCCUGUCCACAUACACACGAUCACUGCCUGGCAAGUAGCCACCAGAAACAGAAAGCAUUGAAUCAUAUGACGUGCAUAUGCAUACGGUCAACUAUAAGCUAUAAUGUCCAAACCCUGGGAGGUGUUCCCACAUUAAUCAACAUGCAGGAACAACUGCCAGGUAGACACUGUUGCUGUAUAUACAGAAGUGAAUACCACAGGAAACCAACAUAUUUAUUAUAAACAAAAUAAUGUUUUCAAGUCCACAAACACACUAAAUCAGAUCAAAAUUAGAACCCCCUUAAACAAUGAUGAGACUGAAACACUAAUAUUAAGCGAACAUAUUGCAGUAAUUAUUUUGUCAAAAUUACUGACUUGGGGGAUGACAUGUAAAUGUGAAUAGCGUUCUUGCCUAAUUGCCUAUGCAGAGAAACAAAAGUAAUGGAAGCAAGAUUCAGUCACUGUACUGCUAAGCUAUGGAGUUCCUGUAAGUGACCAGUGAGCUAGUAACGAAACUCUGAAGCUCUGUAACCGUGGCUGAUUCAUAUACCAACAAUAUGACAUACACUGUCCAUUGCCUGAAGUAUGCUGAUAUAAACAGAUUCUCAAGAGUUGACUAUUCCUGUCUUUGGUGACUGGUUGUCAUUACACUGGCAGACAUUUUAUCAUUUCAUAAUUAGAGGAAGUGGUUAUGAGCUGGGAUAGCUUAGUUGGUAUAGUGACUGGCAAGGAGCUGGACGACUGGUAUAUUUACGAAUAAUAACGAUGAUGAAGAGCAAGCAAUAUUAAUGAUAGAUUUUGAAAGGGGAGACAGAUGAAACUGUCAUUGGUGGAUGUGGGCUACUGUAAAAAAAAAAAAAAGAAACAUAUAUAUAUAUAUACACAUUUUUAAAACUCAUAUUUAACCCUUUCACAAUGAUUGCCGCUUAUAUGUGGCGCGGCUGUUUUUUUAAGUGUCGCCGAUUGCUGCAUAUAUGCGGCAUCACAUGCCCUCUAAUUCUGACUUCGACUGAAGAACAUGUGUGUUUUCUACUGAAAAUUGUAUUAUGUACAUGGAAUGUAGCUGUAACUUUUGACAUAAAUACAUGUACGGUCUUUGAAGCCUA